UACCAUUGAAAUAGCCUGGGAUGGCAUUCUCACCGUCGUAUCAAGGAUAGUAAAAGUGUACAGACAGCUAGCUAGUAAAAGUGAAGCAAGAACUCACAGUUGCAAACUUUAAAAAAAGGAAGCAUAAAUCAAGCCCAAGAAAUAACUUCAACCGCACAAGAUGUCUUUAGAUAGGCUAAAAGAAAUGAACAAACAGAAUAAAACCGAGAAAGAAAGGGAGAGGACAGUGAGGAGAGCCAGCAGCAUCAAAAAAUCCAACAGUUUCAAGAUAAAACGAAUGGGGAACAUUAUAGUUUGUGACUGCUGUGGUCAGGGUCACGAACCUGGUAAAAACCAUCUCUACGACUACCCAGACAAUGUCGAUGAUGCUCUGCUCUGUGGUAUCUGUGUGCAACCUCUAGUCGACCCAGUGGACACUCCAUGUAGCCACACGUACUGCUAUGUCUGUCUGAAGAGCCAACUUCGGAUGACCAAAACCUGCCCAAUCGAUCGGCAACCCAUCAAAGAUAGAGACAUUAAACCAUCAAGUCUACUGGUGAGGAAGAUCCUCGACAAGCUGACCGUUGUGUGUCCUAACAAUGCGUACUGCGACCUAACCAUGGCCAGAAGCUCUAUGGAGAUGCAUCUCAAAUAUCAGUGCCCUGGGAGUUACACAACAUGCCCUCGAGACGAAAGUGGGUGUGACUAUAUUGGACCACGUUGCCAACUGGAGGAGCACCUGUGGACCUGUAACUAUGGACAAGACAUUGAUAGGAAAACUGGCAUGAGACACCCGGUAGCAGAGGGGCGGUUAUCAACCAUUGAUAUCCCCAAAGGAACCAGCGAUCUGGGCAUCGGCAUAUCGUGGUGCGAGGAUCAGGGUGGAUUUACAAUUGACGAUAUAUUUGCCGAGGGCAACGUGUUUCGUGACGGCCGACUCUGUGUGGGAGAUCGGAUAGUGGAGAUCGAUGGAAGUGAUUGCACCCAGAAGACGCUGGCACAAGUCACCCUCGCCAUGAGUGCCCCCAUGCCACUCAUGAGACUCACUGUACACAGGGAACACCUAGAAGGCAUUACAGAGCCUUCACUGGUUGAGCUGCAGCGAGUAGAGAACGACUCUCCUCUCGGCAUUCAGAUUAGGACCUCCCGAAACAGACCUGGAAUAUUUGUCCACUAUCUUGUACCAGGAUCUACGGCCGAGGAGAAUGGACAAGUGUUUGCGGGUGAUAGGAUUCUGGAGGCUAAUGGCUGUGAUAUGAGGAAUGCUUCAGUAGACGAUGCUGCCUCUUUCAUGACGAAAAUCCCUGGUAGUCUCAAACUCCUCGUCUCUCAUCAUCGUCGCACAGUCUCGGACAUCUCAAGCCACUCCUCUUCCCUCGGACGAAGCCACGCCCACCCAUCACAACCCAUUUACGCUGAGAUCCUCGCACCCAGUGGGUUCAAAGUUGGGGAACCAAAGUGCGUCAUUCUCAGAAAGGAACCAGAUGAAGUGUUUGGUAUGAACGUGGCCGGAGGGGUGGGCUGCCAGAACGGUGACCUACCAGUGUUCAUAUCCGCUCUGAGACCAGACUCUGUGGUUGCCAGGAGUGGGAAAGUACAGAGGGGAGAUAUUCUGCUCUCAAUCAACGGGACAGAUCUGAUUGGACGACCACACGCUGAGGUCAUUCAGACCAUCAAGAGUAUGAUGUCCACCUCCACAGUGAGAAUGGAGUUAAUCCAAGGGGAGGAGACGGAGACUGGGCUGUCACCUGAUUGGCCGUACUGGAUGAAGAAGCACGAGUAUGGACGAGAGCCCAGCCCUACAGAGUGCAACAUCAUACUAAAGCGGCCAGGCAUGGAGAGCCUCGGGUUCAGCAUAGUGGGAGGGGCCCACUCAGCCCGUGGUAACAGUCCUGUGUUUAUCCGAAACGUUGCCCCCGACAGCAUUGCUUACGACGAUGGGAGGUUAAAAUCUGGCGACAAAAUUUUGAAGAUAAACGGAGUUUCAGUUGGUCACAUGUCUCAGAAUAGAGUGGUCCAAAUCAUCAAGAACACUGUCGGCAAUGUCACAUUGACUGUCAUACCAAAAGGCUCCAGUAGCGGAUACGGAGACUAUUGAUAUGUUUUUUGUCGUUCACUUGUUUCGUAUCAUUUAUUAUAAUUAUAAUCAUACGUGAUCCACACUCUCAGGAAAUGUGGUCGCGAGUAUCAUUCAAUUUUCAAUAUACCCUUUCACCGUACUCGUACGUUAUUGCUUAUUAAAUUCAUGAGUUGAAAUAAAGCUAAAAAUUUAAA